AUGACUAGUGAUGUUAAUAGAACUUUUACUAGCACAUUUGGAUUGUUGCAAAGUGGAAAACGGAGGAAAUUCGAGGAGGAAUUUGCCAAAAUCCGAAAGGUGCAGCUUAAAGGGGGGGUUAAUGCAAAAAUUGAGCUUUGUAAGCUUAUUGAAUUGGUACUUGUGUCUGAUGGCAGAUUUUCAUCCCUACUUAUAACCGAUCUAUACAAUUUGUUAACUGAUAAGAACAAGAAUGUAGCAUUGACAGCGCUAGAUACUAUCAGUCUAUGUAUUGACACGUUGAUAUAUAACGUCAUUGAGUGUCAUAGCCAUCAAGACUUGGUGUCUGAAAAGUUAUAUAUUCCAGGCGGCAUUGGGUUGUUUAAGAAUGUACUGGCAGAUUAUGAAUGCCUAAGGUCAACCUACUCCUCACUGUUAAAAUCAACCAAAUCUAGCGAAGCAAUCUUUCUCAUAUACAAGAUUUUGGCAGCGGAGCUGCAGGCAUUUGCAGAGGUUGAUGUUUCUGACUAUAUUAUCUAUGACAGUAAGAAUCAUUUUAACCCGGCCAAAAUCGGUAUUGAUGGAUUGGCGCAUAAAAAACCCAAAAAUCCAAAUUAUCCCGAGUGUAAUUGUGUUUGCAAAUUUUUAUCAAAAAAUGCAAGUACAAUCUCAUAUGGCGAAUUGAAGCCAAUAAUGUUCUCCAAAUGCACCAGAAAAUCUAAUUUGAAAAGUUACUUCGAAAGGUGGAGGGAAGAGAAUGUACAACUUUUGUGCAAGUAUUUAAAUAAAGACGACAAAUCGGAUCUUGGUAAAAUAAAGUUUCUAAUGUCCACCCAUGUGUGUUCAUUGGUGAUUGCAUGCUACCCCCUAACUUAUAACGAGUUAUUACCCAAUUUACAGCAAUUGCUAGAGCCUGUUUCACGCAAUCCAAAUCAACCAAUAAGUACUUUUGCCCCUAAAUUCAGUGAAAAGGGUUCUAUUGAUAAAUUUGUCUUUAAGCAAUUAAUUCGCAUACUUGCAUCUAAGAUAUCGAUAUCGCUGCAUAAAGAGAUAUCAGAAUGCUUAUGCGCAUGUGGGUAUAUUUCUGGUUUAGACAUCAUUUACCGAGAAAUUCACUGCAUAGGUUCGGUAAUUAUGGAAUGCCCUGCACCUUUUGAUGCUAAUAAGGUAUAUGUUAUGUCCUGCAAUUUUGAGGACUUUGGUGGAUUAUGUGCUACUCCUCUGGAUAACAACAUUGAGGGCAAAUUGCUUGAGAAAAGGGGUCCAAUUUAUUAUAUAACAAAACCAGAAAGGGUUGAGUUAAUUGGACAUUUAGCUGUUACCAAGCCACUGCCAAAGUUGAUAGACAUGGCACUAGGAUACGAUGUUACUAAGAAUAAUGAGGGCCGGUCGAGGACUGAUAUUUUGCAGUACUCGGAUGUACCAGCCUGUAAAGUGUUAUAUUUUACUCCUGAUAUGCUCAAGUUCACAGUAACGACUCGCACAACAAAUUUGGAACCAACUGGCAAUGAACUAGUGCAAUUCAAACAGAUGAAAGACAAUCUGCUAACAGAAAGUGCCAAUGACAUUGGUGUAAAAGUGGCAAGUACAAGCGAUGUAAUGAAUAACUUCCAGUUCUACUCCAAAAUGGUGGUAAAUCAAAUACUCAAGGCAGAUUGGUCACUCACACAAUCUGGCCAAUAUUUGGAUUCUGUGAAGCGAAAGUUUUUGAACAAAAUUUUGCUCGACAAUUACUUGGAACCUCAAACUGUUCGUGAAAUGUUGACCAUGUAUAUCAACAGUCUCAUAGCCAAACUGGAUCUGAACCGCUAUGUAAAAUCUAAUCCAGAUGGUUUGACCUUGCAAAAUGCGCUGAGCGAGUGGUCAAACUAUUUCAACUGUGUGUCAGACAUACUAUACCAUAAAAGCGUACUAAAUUAUAUAGAUUCAACUUCAUCUUCAUUGGUGAAACAGGAAUGCGAUGGUAAUGAACUGGCAGGAUUUUUUAAUCGCCUUCACAUUGGUAAUAAUAGGGAUAAUAUGAGUUAUGAUGAGUUGUUACAGUUGUGUUUUGAUGGAUUUUAUUCAGAUAAGCUGCUCAUUAACAGGGCGUAUCGUGAUGCGUAUAUAAAGUCGAUUUGUUCAUUCGUCCUCUCCAUACCUUGUAUCACAGAUGGGCUAAUAGAGCGUUUUUACAGUUUGCUGGAUAGCUUGGGAGGGUCUCUACUAGUAUUUUCCCUAGUAUCGAAUAUACUGAAAAAAUCAAAAUCUGUAGGCGCCAAACGGCGCAUUUUUUCGCUAUUUUUCAAGGCUUUGUAUCAUAAAACGCCUUCUGUGCGCAAUCUUUUUUACAAACUCAUAGAAUCUACCAAGGGCUUGUACAUGACAUUUGACGGUCAAACUAGUAGGUAUAGUAAUAAAGAGUUUGAGAAGUUGCAUAAUUAUCUCUCUAUACUUGUAACUAAUAGAUUUGGGGAAAGUUGCAAUAAAUGUGGAUCUGGUGGUAGAUCUCUCAAUAUCUCUAACCUGGAAAUGGCGCUAACUCCACCACUUUGGCAAUGGCCAAUUGAGAUUAUUACACUGCUCACCGAUUGGAUUAAGUCUCUGGGAGUUUUUCAGUCUGCAGAAAUUCAAGUUACAGUAUGUGUAAGGUGCAAAAGGAAUGUGUUUGACAUUUCAAGUGACAAGAUACUCUACAACGUGCUGUACAUGUGGGAUAAUUUACAGGAUGACUGUGAAUUGGAUUGGCAUAAUCCACAUUACAUACACAACAUUUGGUUACAAGAGACUAUUUUUUACAUAUUCCUAAAGUGCCUAAGGAAGUAUCCUAUAUUUCAAAGUCAAUCUGAUGGAGACAUGCCCAUAGAUGAAACAGAUAUUGAAGAUUCAACAAUUGAUAUAGAGGAUAGUCUAAAUCAUAGUAAAGGGCCUACAGGCAAAGACACUAGCAAGAGUGAAGAGGAACGCGUUGAUAAUCGUGAAAAGGGUUGUUCAUUGGAAAGGUUCCUAGUGCCAAACAAUUUUUUGAAAAAUAUGUGCGAUGAGAUAAUCGAAAAUUUGAAUGUAGGAGCCAUUUGCAUAUCAAUAAACGCAGUCUCUGAAAUAUGUAACAGGAGCCCUCAAUUGCUAUCGGCGCUCAUAUACACAGUUGAUUCUUACGCUCUGGAGCAAGAACACUGUAAUGGGAGAGUUUGUAGUGGUAUUAGCGAAGCAAUAAUUAGCAGCCUUAGCAACUUGUGUACAACACACAUUGAAAUUUUUUAUGUAAUACUGGAAAACUAUUUAUCAGUGCCCCCAAAGACAUGUUUAAUGGGACAUAUAUUAACUAAUGUUGCAAUUAAAUGGACCGCGCCAACGUACAACAUUGUGGAUAAAUUGUCUAUGGAUUCUGCCGAAAUGAGAACCAUUUUGCUGUGUAUAAGUACUUUUAAGAAUUGGAGCAAAACUGUUUCAAUCGUACCAGUUGUCGCAUUUUUGCCAAAAAAUAUCGCAAUAGACUUAUUGAACCAUCUGUUUUUAGUGGAGACAAAUGAGGGAGCUGUUAAAAGUUGCAUAGAAAGUGUACUAUCCGUACCUGCUGAUGUUAGGAGUGUCAUGGAUCAGAAGGUUUCCAGUGCCAAUCAGCAAUGGUUGUCGCCAGAGGAAUUGCUGAUCGCCGUAUACAGAUUCAACAAUGAAAAUCUGGAUAGAAAAAAACAAGCUAUAUUGCUGGAUCACAUAAUAUCACUGGUUGAAACAAAUCAACGCAGGCCACAAAAUGUACCCAAAAAUGUAAUUAUGUCUCUGCAUUCGGUGGUCAAAUCCUGUACGAUGAUUGUGGAGGAUAAGCAACCCAUUUCGUUCAUAUUUGGAAGGUUAUUGUGCCAGGUUGUGCAAAACGUUCCGUCUGUGAGGGGAGGAGUGGUUCAGCACGUGAUGCCUACGCUGGUGACUCGGAGGGCUUGGGAGGACAAGCAAUUGUGGCGCGGGGUGGUCAUUAGUUUUGGAAUAUUGUGGUCCGAGUUUAAAGAACCCCUGACUUUGCUAAUAUUCCAGCUCCCACAGGGGGUUGGGGAGGAUUUAUUGCAGAGUGUACAACAGCGGCACAGUGUUAUCCCGGAUAUGGCGGCCAUAGUGUCAAAGAAGCAGCACAUGAAGGCCGUGUGUCCCAGAUAUAUUUCAUCAAUAUUAGGUUUAUAA